AUCUCUGGUUAUAUCACUUAACUUUUGUAUGGAGUUUUAUUAGGUUUCGUAAUUUACAUUCGUAGAUUUUACGCUGUGGAUCCAGCAGCACUGGGUUCCUGUCAAGUCUGAAGAAAGUGGCUCUUCUCUAAUUCUGGGCUGCUGCCCUCUGAUCUAUGGCUAGGAGUUUACUUAUCUAUCAAGAACCAAACAGAAGUGGUGUGACGUACUAAUAAGUCCUGUGGCAUCAGCGGUGUUGCAGCGGUUAGGAUUAUGUAACUGUGAUCUUAAUCCUUAUUUUGGAGGUAAAUAUAUCAAUAUGCGUCUUUUGUUGAUGGAGAAUUCAGUAAAACGCCAGUGAUAUGUGUUAGUGUUUGAAUUAAGGAUUGUAAUAUCAAGUGUGAGCCCGUGUAAGCAUCCGAUUCCGCCACCUCCCGCUUCCAUCAACUAUUUUCUCCUCCGUCACGCCCACUACCUCGCUGAAAGCAUGUUGCUGCAUCUUAAGAAACUAUUACAAAUAAUGUGGCUUUGGUAAGACACGCACGGAGGUGAUUUCUCUCUCAUGAAACACGUUUAGUAGUUUAAAAUGUCCGGUAAGAUGAUACUGUGGACAACUGCUACUGUGAGUGUGAACGCAGUCAGAUGCUUACAUUUUCGUGAAUCUAAUGAUAAUUCAAUUUCAUUUCGCACCACUUGACUAUUAAUGCUGUAUUAGUGUAAUAUGUGUUACUCUGCUAGUAUUUUUCUUCUGGAAAUUACAGACUGACUGAAAUAAAUAUGGCAGGCAUUCUACCUUGCGCUGCUGAGUGCUAUUUGGCUCAAAACAUAACGAGAGAGAUUUUGGCAGCAUAACGCGCAUUCAAGAACAGUUUGUGUAAAUAUCUUGUUCACCGCAACUCUUUAAUUCCUGUACUUUGAUGAUGAUGGAUUUCAAAACACCAUACUGGAAGAAACGACUAUGAUGAUGAAGAAUUUCAAGACACCAUGUUGGAAGACACGUACGACACGCUGAGAAUCAAAAGUGAGCAAUGAGAUUAUGAAAAAUAUUGUAAGAAAAACAGCUUGUUAGGGUUCAAGGUUUUUCAACCCAAAGUGAGUCUGUUACUUCAAUAGACUUAAGAACAUGCACACACAGAUGACACAAGGGAGUGAAGAAAAUGUUCGUAAGAAGAAAAGAAAAUAAUGAUGAAACAGGACAAGGAUGAAGAAGAGAGAGGCAUGUGGGGGAACCAACGCGAGUUUUUCCUCUCCUGCCUUGGAUACGCCGUCGGCUUCGGCAACGUGUGGAGGUUCCCCUACCUGGCCUACAAGAAUGGUGGAGCGGCGUUUCUCAUCCCUUACGUCAUCAUGCUGCUGUGCACUGGGUUACCACUCUUCUUUAUGGAGCUGGUGCUGGGACAGUACACGAGUUUAGGACCCAACAUAAUCUUCCCAAAGAUGGCACCAAUCUUUGCAGGGCUUGGCUGGGGAAUGAUAAUGGUGUCUGCACUCGUCAGCAUCUACUACAACGUCAUCUUGGCCUGGGCAUUCUUCUAUACCUUUGCCUCCUUCACCAGCGAGUUGCCGUGGACCGACUGCGACAACGACUUUAAUACUCCAGAGUGUUACCUACUGCAGGAGGAUAAAGUGUGCAAGAAUAUGUCUAUGUUUUACUACAAUCAAAUGUGCCUUGAACCAGAUGCAUAUUGUGGCUUGGUGAACCUUGUGUCUCUCAAUGCUUCACAUUGUUAUGAUCCAAACGAAAACGACAGUUUAGUGGUCGCUGAUGGAGCUGUGCACCGAAUAACCCCGAGUGAAGACUACUACAGGAACCGUGUGCUGGGUGUGACAGGCAAGACGUGGGAAGAUAUGGGGGGGAUGCAGUGGGAGCUGGUGGGGUGUCUGGCGCUGGCUUGGCUCAUAGUCUUUGCCUGCAUGGUCAAGGGCGUCAAGAGUUCCGGCAAGGUGGUUUACUUCACCGCCCUAUUUCCCUACGUCGUCCUCAUCAUUCUCUUCGGCAAGGGUAUCACACUUGAGGGAGCCAGCCUGGGAAUAGAUUACUAUUUUCUGAAGCCUGACUGGUCACGCCUCGCGGACACAGAGGUGUGGAGUGAUGCUGCGAUUCAAAUUUUCUAUUCACUUGGGUCUUCCUAUGGCGGUCUCAUCACUCUGGCUUCGUACAACAAAUUUAAAAACAACUGUAUGAGAGACGCCAUCGUGAUCGCCUUCGCCAACUGCUCAACGUCGGUGUUCGCGGGUUUCGUCAUCUUCAGCAUUCUGGGUUUCCUGGCCCAUGAACUGGGCGUAGGCGUGGAGGAAGUGGCGUCGUCAGGGUCUGGCCUGGCCUUUGUAGUGUACCCGGCCGCCGUGACGCUCAUGCCUUUAGCGCCCCUCUGGUCCCUGCUCUUCUUCGCCAUGCUCAUCACCCUCGGUCUCGACUCCCAGUUCACGAUGGUAGAGGCAGUGACCACGGCUAUUUUAGACCAAUUCCUGUCCCUUCGGUCACGGAAGCCACUGGUAGUGGGCGUGACGUGUCUACUGCUUUUCAUCAUGGGCCUCACCAUGUGUCUCGAGGGCGGCGUGUACAUGUUUGAACUCUUCUUCUUCUUCUCUUCCGGCCUUUCCGUCAUCAUACUGGCGAUAACUGAGAUUGUGGGAGUCCACUAUGUUUAUGGGUUUAAAAAGUUUUUCCGACACAUUACGGAAGACAUGGGCAUCGUUGUCCCCAGACCACUUCACGCCUACUGGCUCCUCACGUGGUGUGCGGUGACCCCACUGGCGCUCCUGGGCAUUCUGGUGUUCUCAGUGAUUUACUUCGUCCCAGCUUACUGGGGUGAAUAUGUCUUCCCGCUCGGAAUACAAGUGCUCGGGUGGCUCCUUCUCUUCUCCUCUGUCAUCUUGGUACCGCUGGGGAUGAUUUACGCCGUAAUGACGAACUCAGGGAGCGGGAAAGAUUUGUUUGUCCCUACCCCGGACUUCUGCCCGGCUCAUGUGAGAGAAGAGAGAAGGAGCGGUCAGGUGAAUAAAGCAUGUGUCAUCAAGGACGCUCCUGUGGUGACAGUUCACCUUUAAUAUGGCUUGUUGUUGUAUUAGCACAGUUAUUAUUGAUUGUAUAACUUAUUAUUUGAUUAUAUACGUUAACUUGUAUUGUAUUAUUGUUUCGAGUAAGUGUUCACAGAUUCGAACCAAAUGUAAUCUAUGAAUGCCAGUUAGAGUUGAGUUAGCAGUUUCCCGCCCGCGGCUCCCGAGCUGUGUAGUAAUAGCCAGGUAAAGCCGGGAGCCCCUGUGUUUCACUGCUCCCUCGAAAGACACAACAUGGCUUGUCACCGGAGAUGAGGACAACAAUGGCUGCAGCAGUUUGUAGUACCACUAUUACUAUAAACCAAUGAAACCAAUGCUAUUGAUUACUACAAAUAGAUUAGCCGUACAGGUGUAUUUGAAUUGGUUGUCUAGACUUUCUUAUGACAGCUUCUUUAUUUGUAAAUGACUCACUAGCUCGUUGUCAGGGUCUUCAGGUGCUUACAGAGAAAAAUAAACAAAUAAAUAAAGUUUGUUAUAGAAAUUAUAAGGAUCAGUAAGUGAAUAAGUAAAUAAAUAUAUAAAUGAAAAUUU